AACUUCCUCCACAAUCUUCUCUCUCUUUUUACCCCCUCCCGUUCGUCUUUUGCUCUGAUUCUCAACAUCGGAUAUUUUAAUCUCUAAACACAAACCCCGGAACCUUUUUUCUUUCUCUCUCUUCUUCAAACAAAUUCUGUCAACAAAAAUGUCAGAUACAUCUCAUUUAGAGAGAAUGGGCAGAGAGCUUAAAUGCCCCAUUUGCUUGAGUUUAUAUGAUUCUGCUAUAUCUCUUACCUGCAAUCAUGUUUUCUGCCAUUCAUGUAUUCACAAAUCCAUGAAAUCAGGCUCCAAUUGCCCUGUUUGUAAAGUGCCUUAUCAUCGUCGAGAAAUUCGUCCUGCUCCCCACAUGGACAACCUAGUAAACAUCUACAAGAGCAUGGAAGUUGCCUCAGGGAUUACCCUCUUUGUCUCUCAAAAUGGACCCACAACCAGAUUGUCAGAUGCAGAAAAGCAGGCUAAUGGUGUCCUGGAUGCUAUGAGGGAGACUGGCGGAGAAACUCCAGAAAAUGUGCUGUGUCAAAGAACGGAGAGAGUAGGUUCUAUAUCAAAACUGCAGCCAAAGCGUACCGGUCGCAACAGAGGAAAAUCUUCAUUUUCAACAAAUAAAAGGGUUCAAGUGCCUCAAUCGCCCAUCGAUGAAAGUCCGGCAAGACAGGAAAGAGAUGGACUAGAUCAAAACAAAGAAAGGAACAAUCUUUUAAAUAAGUGCUCAACAGUUCCAAGUGAACAUCCACUUUCAACUGAGAAGGAAACUCCACAAUUGUCACCUUUCUUUUGGCUACGAGAAGAAGCAGAAAGGUCAAGUCAGCAGACUGAUGUGGAACAGUUGACAUGUACCCCAGCAAAAGCCCCUUCUUUCAGUGAUCUAAAGGAUUCAGAUGAUGAUAAACCCCUAGAUAUUUCUGCGAAGGAGGAACAAAGCAAGUGCAAUGCAGAUCUUUUUGACAGCGAGAUGUUUGAAUGGACACAACGAGCAUGCUCUCCUGAACUUUGUUCAAGCCCCUUUAAGAAGCAGGUUGAAGAUACUAACAAUGAUGAUAGAAUUACUGGACAGAAAUUUGAAACAGGCUCAAGAGAUGCAGCUGCUGGAAACAUAAUGAUGAUAGAGCAGGUUGCUAAUGUUAGUCCCCAUGAAAACAAUAGUAUCACGGAUAAUGAGCUUCACAAUAACACCUAUUCUGCUAGAAAAAGUGAAGAUGGCGAAAAUGAGUGUAGAUUUCCCCGCAAGAGUGCUGGAAGAAAAAGAAAGAAAAACCAAGAUAGAUGCCUAAUGGACAGGGAAGCUGGAGAGGACCAUAAUGAAAAUGAAAUUAUUUUAGGGAGUUCAAAAGCUGCUGGUACUUGUAAAAAAAGACACGUUCAAUCACUUAAUGCAAAGUUUAUGAAUGAAGUUGGUGAUCGUGUUUUCGCUGAGUUGCCUGCUGCUUCAAGAAUUCAAAGAGUCAUUCGUAGAGAAAAGAAAUUGGACAAUGUAAAGAGGAAGCCUAACAGCAUUGGGCACAUCCAUAAAGAUGACUCAGCAAAAAAGCAGAUAAAGAAUCUGGCACAACCAGAUAUCAUCAAAGAAACAUGCACUUUAUCUAACAAGUUGUUUCUUGAAGAACCUUCCGAAGUCUUAGAGAGAUCUAAUAGUUGCUCGACCAGUCAUAAACUUAAGAAAAUUCGUCGAUUGACAUCAGUGGUUGACCAAAAGAAUAUUGAUGGAGAUGAAUAUGUUCUUUCAACGGCUGCAGCACAAGCUGAAGUUUUUGAAGAUGAUGGAAAAUCUAAUAAGGAUCAUGCAGGACAUUCACUAGAGAAGGAAAAGAUCCAUCGCCAGGAAGACAUGCCAGCUUUGCGCAAAUGUGACGCAGUUUCUAUCAAAUGUGCUUUCUGUCAUUCAACUGAACUGACGGAGGAUUCUGGGGAGAUGGUUCAUUACUGUGAAGGUAGACCAGUUCCAGCCGACACUGAAGGUUCUGUCAUCCACUCACACAAGAGCUGCACUGAGUGGGCCCCUAAUGUUUAUUUUGAAGAUAAUAUUGUUGUCAACCUUGAAGAAGAAUUGACGAGAAGCCGUAGGAUUAAGUGCUCGUUGUGUGGAGUAAAAGGGGCAGCCCUUGGCUGUUAUGAGAAGAGUUGUCGCAAAAGUUUCCAUGUCCCUUGCGCCAAGCUACUUCGUGAGUGUCGUUGGGAUACCGAGCACUUUGUCAUAUUAUGUCCUCUUCACGCCUCUUCAAAAUUGCCCUCCGAAUUGGCGAUACCACGAGUCAGAAAAGCAAAAUGUAAUUUGAAGGGGAAAAAUGUCUGUCAAAGGUCUCGAGUUGCAGCUACACAUAUCACCAAAAAAAAUGUGUGGAAUUGUGCUCGGUCAUCUGAGAAAAUUGUACUUUGUUGUUCAGCUCUUGCAAGUGUAGAGAAGGAAGCUGUUUCUGAGUUGGCGAAAUCCUCUGGAGCUAUAGUAUUGGGAAGCUGGAGUCCAAGUGUGACCCAUGUUAUUGCAUCAAUGAACGAGAAUGGAGCAUUUAAAAGAACACUGAAAGUAUUGAUGGGGAUCCUAGAAGGAUCAUGGAUAUUAAGCAUCAAAUGGGUUCAAGCCUGCAUGAAGGUCAAGAGACUAGUUGAGGAGACUCCUUAUGAGAUAACUUGUGACAUUCAUGGAGUCCGGAAUGGUUCUCGUUUAGGGAGAUUAAGACUUCUAAACGAGCAACCAAAGCUCUUUGCUGGGUUCAACUUCUAUUUUACUGUAGAAUUUGAAGUGUCAUACAAGGGAUAUCUACAAGACCUUGUUACUGCUGCUGGAGGAACCGUACUACACAGGAAGCCGAUUGCAUCCACUUCAUCAACACCAUCAACUGUCAUAGUCUACAGCAUUGAGCUGCCUAUUAACUGUGAUAUCCGCAAGAAAGAUAUGAUUCUAGAGCGCAGGCGAUUUGAUGCAGAAGCUCUUGCUAUUUCUAGCGGAGCAAAAUUGGCAAACAAUUCAUGGGUUCUGAACUGUAUAGCUGGACACAAACUACAAGAUCUAUGAAUGGUGUAUUGCUUGACUUUCACAGCAUUUUUGGCACUAAUAAGUUAACUUUUAAAACAUCAAACCUUCAAGAUCAUUAUUUAGUCCGCCUGAAUUAUAUAUAGCAAUAUCUGUAAAUUUUUGUUAAUGUUAUCGAUAAAAGAAUACUCAAGUUUUGAUCCAAUUUAUCAUUGCUAGUGAAUAUGGAUCUCCAUAUCUAA